AUGCAAUUGACAAUAUCAUUAGACUUUAGCGGAGAUAUCAUAGCUGUCGACGUACCUGAGUCUUUAUCUCUUGACGAUUUCAAGGCUUACCUUCAAGCUGAAACGGGAGUCAGUCCUGAUGAACAAACUUUGAAAUUGAACGGAACGCCAUUGAAGGCAAAUAAGACGUUGACGGAAUUGGGAAUUGCCAACAAUGAUUUAUUAGUCUUGUCUAAGGCAAGAGCUGUGCGGACACAGUUGCAGCCACUACAGCUGCAACCUGCACAAGCACCAGCACCUUCUACAAACAUCCCGUCGAGCUCACAGAUCAACGAACGGGUGGAAAUGAUUAGGCAACAGAUUUUGUCAGAUCCACAGGCUCUUGAAAAUAUCAGAAUCACCCAACCUAGUCUCUACAAUGCAAUCAAUAAUGCUGAAAACUUUAGAAGCUUGAUGAUAGAACAAGUUAGGGAAGAGCAAAGAGACUCGUCGUCGUCUCAAACAGAGCUUCUUCGCUUACAGCAGGAUCCCGACAACCCUGAAAACCAGGCACGUAUCAUGGAGUUGAUUCAGCAAGAAGCGAUUGAGGAGAAUAUGAAAUUGGCGUGGGACAUUAGUCCUGAAAGUUUCACUAGUGUAAACAUGCUUCAUCUCAAGUUGAAAAUAAAUGGCGUGGAACAGAUUGCCUUGGUUGAUACUGGAGCGGCUAUGACAAUCAUUAGUCCUGAUAUAGCUGCGGAAUGCGGUAUUUCAAGGUUAAUCGACAAAAGGUUCCAAGGUCAAGCUGUUGGUGUUGGUACUCAGACCAUUGAUGGAAAGAUCCAUAGUGUGCCACUCGAAAUAAAUGGGACGGGUGUUGAAUUGCCUUGUUCUUUUUAUGUCGUUGAUACGUCAGUGGGUAUCUUGUUUGGGUUAGACAUGUUGAGAAGACAUCGUUGUGUUGUUGAUUUGACCAGAGAUGUGCUAAUCAUUGGUGGUCAAUUUGAGGCUAAAUUCCUAUCGGAAUCAGAGAUACCAAGAAAGACAUUAGGUGGUAACAUCUUUUCACGAGAGGCAUAG